AGUGCCCAAGUUAUGGUUUGGUGUGAAAACCAUCGACGCUGCGCUCAGUGUCUUCAGCCGUGCAAAGAACUGUGGGAAACCAGGAAGAUGCUCCCUCCAAAGUCAUGUGAGAAGCAGACAGAGUGUGUAACGAGCAGAGACUUCCUGGCCUCUCUGAGGUCAUCUCGUCAGGGAGACUGCCCCCCACCCCAGCGAGCCACGGGAUUCGCCGCCGCCUGCGUGGAGAGCUGCUCCUUAGACCGGGACUGUCCGUCCUCCAGAAAGUGCUGCUUUAAUGGCUGCGGACACACUUGUCAAGCUCCAGCCAAUUUAUACAAAGGUGUUCCUCUGAAGCCUCGCAGAGAGAUCAACUUUGUGGAGGAUUCAGAGGGGCGUGUGAAGGUGGCGUGGGUGUCAAAGUUCAAUGUCAGCAUGGAGCCUGUCAUUUACAUGCUUCAGACCCGCUGGAACGUWGGCAUCCACCCCAGUGAAGACCAAGCCUCUCCGUGGGCCACUGUUGCUAUGACUCUUUCUGAGGAUGUGGUUCUGUCAGAUCUGAGACCUCAGCGUUGGUAUCAGUUCAGGGUUGCCGCCAUCAACAGUCACGGCAGCCGAGGUUUCACCACACCCAGCAAGCACUUCAUCUCCAGUAAAGACCCAUCACCUCCAGAACCUCCGACAAAUCUGAGAGAGAGCAAUCAAACCCUAGAAUGGGCGAGUUCAUCACUGACGCCCGAGUCCACAGGAAGGUCAGUGGGAACCGGAGCCACAGUGACUGUCUUAUUACGCUGGGACCCCCCCAGRGAGGGAGACCUGCCUGUCCACAACUACCGAAUCACCUGGAUGUCUCGGCAUAUAGGAGCGACUCAUAAACACACACUUCAAACACACACACAUGCGGCGCACAACAAGCACAUGAGAACUGCCCACGAACAGGGUAAAAAAGAGACCAACAGCAUGCAGACUCGAGGGGUGCAGAGUGAGCUGUGGCUGCAGGGCCUGCUUCCCGCAACUUCCUACAUCCUGUCUGUGCAGACGGUGGCCUACUGGGGUCAAAAGAGACUUAAGAGUCACAGAGCGCAGCUUGUUUUCACUACCAUCUCUCACACAGACGAGGACUUCUCCAAUGAGCUCCCCUCAUCCUUGUCCGAACCUUCCUCCCCUGACCUCGCUUCCUCCUCCUCACCAACUCAGCCUGAGUCUCCCCUGAAUCCCGUCACCUCUGAGACCCUGCGGCUGGAGGUCGCUGCCCCUCACUACCACGACAACCAGCUGCAGGUGAAAGUGUUCUGGAAGUGGCCUUAUCAUGCCAGACAGAAACACAGAGGUCCGUACGUUCUACAGUGGCGUCCGUUUACCUGCAGCACCAAUAUUACGAGCACAGAGAGAGCAACAGCCGUGGUGCAGGGCACCCAUCACAUCAUUAAAGGACUCCAGUUUGCCUGUAAGUACAGGAUUGCAGUGGCAACAAAGGCUGAUCCAAGGUCAGAGGCUGUUGCAUGGGUUACAACCCCAACUUGUGCCUCCAUCAGAGUUAAAGGAGUCAAAGAUUUCACCUGCAACACUGAAAAUACAGAGCGCCCCCUGCCUGUUAGGAAGAUGCUACUACGACCAGAACAACUGACUGCAGACUUUCAACAAGUCAACGGCACCCUGAUCACAACGAUCCACUGGAGAAUAUCCCAUCAUGCACUGGACUCGACCGCUGUUGAGGGCUUCCAGUUCACUUGGACGCUGCAGUCUGAACUCAGUGCAGCGACAGAAAGACUAGAAGAUGCACGUGUGUCUCAGACACAGACAAUUGCACCGUCUGAGCGAUCGCUUGCAGUUGUGGGUCUUCAGGCUGAUAGUACUUACCGGCUGCAGCUCCAGGUGCUGACGGCAGGUGGCAGGAGCGGGGCAGCGGUCUCAAAAACCAUCCAUACACCAGCAAUCAACAGCACACUUUGAUAGGCCAUGACCCCAMAACUACAACCAUUUGCUGCAACUUGGGCGUUUUUACCAUCAUCCACUUUUCUGCAUCUGUCCACUGAGCAGCAGGAAUUCAAGUACCGAAAUUUUGUAUAAAAAUGUAAAAUAAAAUAAACUCUUUGUAUAAGCUGAAUUUCUCUUACUAUGUAAUACUUCUGCUUCGAUUUCUCUUUUACGUUAUUCAAACUUCAUGGACUUUGUGAGCCUGCACAAACUUUAUUCUUUUGUGUGAAUGUGUUUCUGCAUCUGUUUGGUGUUUGGAUGUUUUUAUAAACUCUGACCACCUUACAUCAUUCUAGCCAAAUGAACUUGUAAAAAACAUUUUCUUGUUUUUGAGAAAAAUAAAGCACUGACCUAUUGUAAAAAUACAAUAAUAGCAACGAAAUAGAUUUUUCCUGAGAAACGACCCUCUCCAUUGCACUUGAUGUGCUAUUGUCUCAGUGUAAGUUCAUAUAUUUUUUUACAAUGGUUUUUUUUUUUUUUACUCUGACGUGCUUGUUUGCAUUCAGCCUGUAAUUACAAUGUAAGCAUUUUCUUCUGUGUAACUUUUCACCAUACAUUUUUUUCUCUAGUUUAUUCUUUUUUGACCCCUCAGAUUUAUUUAUUUGUUGUUGUACGUUUUUGUAAUUAAAAUCAUUAACACACACUGUG